CGAGCGGUCGGACUUGCCAUCUGUUGUUCUCUGUUGAACGGAUUUCUCUACGCAGCGCUGAAGAGUUAAGCCUACUAUCGGUGAGAACUAAAAGUGUUAUUAAGAUAUUUCGCUAUGGCUUCAAACUUGCUUAUUGAUGAUAUGAAAAACGACUCUUCCGAUAGCGAUGAUGCUGAUUAUGUGCCAACUGGGGAACACGAUAGUGGGGACGACAGUGUUCCCGAAGACGAAAUCGGUACUGACGAAGAAGCUCUCGAAAAUUCUUCAAAAUCGAAAGUUCGCUCUAAGCGCAAAAGUAAGAAAAAGAAAGAAACCCCUGUAAUUGAACCAGAGCCUGAGCUUGAUGUGACAGAUUUGACGACGGAGAGUGCCCGAAAGCAUGCUGAUGAGCUAUAUAAAAAGUUCCUCUUGGAUGUUGAGAAUGAAAAGAAACCGUCAAAUAUAUCUGUGUCUACCACAAGCUCAGGAAUGAAUGGCUUUGCCAAUUCAUCGGAUGUAGCACCAGUAUCUCAGGUAAAUGGUAAGGCAAGUGCUCCUGAGUUUUUUGAAUUCGCUGGGGAACUCAUUUCUACUUCAAAAGGCAACAUAGUUUCUACAGAAUCUCGUAUCCCUGUAGCCUCUGCUGCAGGUAAUUUAUUGGUAAAGAAGCCUGAUGUAAAGCUUGCCAAUGGAGAAGCUUCAUCUUCUUCAUCUCCAGCUGCUUCUGUAGUGAAACGUAAAGGCGGGUUGAAUGCAGUGCUUGCUAUUAUUAACAAGAAAAAACUGUCAACAUUACAAAAGAGUCAUUUGGAUUGGAAGCAUUUUAAGAUGAUGAACGGGCUUACUGAAGAGCUUGCUUGCCAUAAUCGGGGCAAAGACUCUUACGUGGAGAAGAAACGUUUCCUUGAGCGUGCCGAUUUACGCACUUUUGAAAUCGAAAAGAAUGCACGAUUGAAAAAACGAAAGUAGUUGAAUGAUGGGAAAAAACUUUUUUUAAGUUCCUCUGUUGAUUAUUAAAAGGACAACAUUCUGCAAUCCACCUGUCAAAAGGGAAGUUUCAAUUUCAUACAAUGUAAGAUUUUCAUGUUUCAUAAGAUAUUUUUGCAUAUGUGUUUUUACUGAUCAGAAUCGCAAAAUCAUUUUUAUUUUAAUUUGAUCAAGUUUUGUAAUAUUUGCAUUAACAAUCGAUGGUAAUAAUUUUCCAAUCAUGAAUAUUUCCGGUACUUUACAAAACAAUGAAGGUUGUAAUUAAGUUUCUGAUUAUUGUUUUUUAGUAAAUAAAGUUAAAU